AUGACCCUCCUCAAAUCAGCAGACCUUCAGAAUCAAUCUGGUCUCGACGUCCGGCUCGCCUGUCGCUCUGGCACUUUUACAGGACCCACUGCUGGACUCUGCCCAGCGUACGUACAGGCGAACCUGAUCGUACUGCCUGCAAAAUAUGCGGACGACUUUCGGGGGCUGUGCAGACGGAAUCCUACGAGCUGCCCUUUACUCGGCGAGAACAGGGCGCCGGGGGAUGUGAGGCUGCAGCAGCAUCUGGCUGAGGACAGCGAUAUACGGCGUGAUGCUCCGGGCUAUAACGUAUACCGGGAUGGCAAGAUCUUCAAGCAGAAUGUCCACGAUGUGAGCGAGUACUGGGAGGAGGACAGCGUAGCUUUCCUUAUCGGCUGCUCAUUCUCCUUUGAGCAAGCUCUCACAGCCAACGGUCUCAUCCCGCGCCAUCAGCUCCUCGGCCGUAACGUACCCAUGUACAAGACCAACGUCCCGCUCUGUCCAUCCGGAGUCUUUGGCGGGAACACUGUCGUGUCUAUGAGACCUUACAAGGUGGAGGAUAUCGAGCGAGUAAGGGAUAUCACAAGACCAUACAUUGCGACCCAUGGCGAGCCUGUCGCAUGGGGAGCCGAAGCUGCAGCUCGACUCGGCAUCGCCAACAUCCUCGAGCCCGAGUUCGGAGAGGCGCCGGUCAUCGAGGCGGACGAGGUGCCAGUUUUCUGGGCGUGCGGAGUCACCCCUCAGCUAGUUCUCAUGUCUAGUCCAGCGGCGCAGGGGAUCAGCAUCGGCCAUGCCCCAGGAGGAAUGGUCUGCUUGGAUAUGAAGGUAGAGGACAUGCUUGCGGCGUCAUGA